GGAUGGCUGGAUGGCUGGUGGCAGGGAGAGGGACUUCUUUCUAUCCUCAGGUGGUAGAUCCUUAUCAGGAGAGGCUAGGUGAUUUUUAUUGCUGUACCCAAGCCCUGAGCAGGCUCAGAUUCGCACAGGAAAGCUGUUAAGUCUGUGUGACUAUUGGGCCAGACCCUUCUUAGCUCCAGGACUCGGACCCCUUUACUGAUGAGGGGAGAUAUUUCUGGAGAAGUCUUCAAAACCUAUUUACUUAAUGACUUUGCCUCGGGGUUAGCUGAGGCCAGCUGGUAUAUGCCUGGUCUGAGGAGCUCUGAUGUUCCAGAGCGGAAGGUGACGCAAGGGACCAGUCAGGUCUAGGAGGAAAGAAACUAGUUUUUAGCGCCCCACCCCCCACCCCCGGUAGCAUCAGUUCCUGAGGUGCCUGAGACAGGAGAGUCCCUGUCAGAGUUGAAGCUGGAAGAAGGCUGGGAAGCUGGUGGCUCCUGCAUCGUCGUCAUUGCUGAGGACUGAGUGGCGACUGGAUGGUGGACAGCGGGUUGAAGUCGCCAAGUAUCCUGGAGAUGUCCCAGAGGGUAAAAGCGGCUGCUAGGAGAGCGUGACACGAGGACCUCUCUCCCUGGAAUCCACCAUAGCAGGAAAGAACAAACUGUCUUAGGUGGCGUCCCUGUUGAAGGCCCAACGAAACAGCUUGAGACCUGAGGCCCCAGGCCCAAGAAAGAGCCAUCCAGUGGGCACAAUGGCUGCACCCGGCAACUCUGCCCCACGGGGCUCCUCUCCUCAGCCUCAAGAGUAUGGCAUGGCCUGUGAAGCCUCUCGCCAGCACUUCAGGCAGUUCCAGUAUGAUGAAGCAGAUGGGCCUCAAGAGGCCUUCUGCAAACUCUGGGAACUUUGUUCCCAGUGGCUGAAGCCACAGACACACUCUGUGGAGCAGAUCCUGGCACUGCUGGUGUUGGAGCAAUUCCUGCAUAUUCUGCCCAGUAGGAACACUGAGACCCAGACGUUCAGCCCUGAGAUUAGACAAAGACUUCUCACCCUGAUAGAAGACCUCAAGAGAGAUUACAAGAGUCCAGGGAACAAGAUUAACAUGCGUGACAUGCUCCUGGAGGAACUGAUGUCAAUGGGUAUGUUUCUCACACAAUCCAACACACCUGUGAGUCCACCCGAACUGCAGAUAAUAGAACCUGUCCAGGAGAUCCGUGAGAUCCCAGCACAAGGGCCACGGCAAAGCAGCUUCCAUGAUUCUGGCCAAAGCCAGACCUUUCUGGAUAUUGAAUUCCAUGUAUCCAAAGAAUAUGAACACCUGGAACCUCCUGGCAAAGAGCCCCCAGAACAGCUUCUGGCUGACUCCAGUGAACCUGAGGAAACCCAGAUGUCCUGCCAACAGGAGGUGCCUGGGAGCUCCUGCAAUGCACAGCCCUCCAGCUCUAGAUCCCCCCCAAGGGCUCGUCCCCACAAGAAGCCCAACUCUGGUGCUCCGUUAGGGCUGUGCUUUGCUCACCGGAAGCAAUAUAAUAUUUACAUGAAAACCCAAAGAAAAAAGGUAGCACAAGGGGGCCCUAGAGGUGGGACAGUGUCAGACACCUCUGGGCAGCAGCUCGUUAGCCAGGAGGAGGAUACCUGUGAGCAUGCUGUAGGCAAUGAUCCAUAUACUGAGGUGGCAUCCCCUAGUGUGUCACAGGCAGGUUAUUUUGAUGAUGAAAGACAGCAGUGUAGGCUGUGUAAGAAGGAGUUUAUGUUUCAGUUGGGCCUGAGAGAAACUGUGACAAAUCGUACAGAUUCAAAACCUUACCAGUGUUCCUUCUGUGGGAAAUUCUUUAGGGGGCAGUCACAUGUCACUGCACACCUAGUAAGACACACCCAAGAGAGACCAUUCAUAUGUGAACACUGCCAGAAAACCUACAAACACAAAUCUAGCCUGCUGAGACACUUAAAAUUCCACGCAAGGAAUCUUGAAAGCAAGAGAGGCCAGGCUUCUCAGAGCCUUGUGCACAAUGCAAGCCAAUAAGCUCACCAGCCAGCCCACUUUACAGCAGAAUCCCCCCAGGACUGUGUUGAUGGAAACAGGUCCUAAAAAGUGAUGCUGUCUCCUAAGAGCUUCCCCUGCAAAGACUGUCUGGGAAAGAUAGAGCUGUUAGUUUCAGAGUGGGACUUUUCUUUUGGCCACAUGCAAAACACAUCUUUCAUGGCAAUACUAGUGCUAGAAUGUUCACCAAUUCUUUGUGGCUCUACAUGUAUUUUUUCUGGGCCUAGUAAGAUCUUGUUCUACCUUUAAUAUGAAUAUUGCUUCUUCCUAGGCAGCUUCUGCUUCACACACUCUGUGAGCAUGAAAUAUAGAUUAUAUACACUGUUCAUACCUUAAAUGGAACACUGCUAACAUGGAAGUCCGAUCCUGCAGUAAGUUGUCAAUAGGUAUACAUGUCCAAUCUUCCUUACUGUUGGAACGCAUGCUCAAGGCUAGUUUUGUUUUGAUUUUGGUAGAACAGGGGAACAAUCUCAAAUACUUUAUAUAACUGAGUGACAUCUCUUGCACAUGCAAGGCAAAUACUCUACAUAACUGAGCAGCAUCUCUUGUUCAGGUAUGUUGUUUUUGUUUGGUUUUUCCUUUUCUGGUGCUGGGAGUGAAUCUAGAGCCUUGUGCUUGCAAAUAAAACACUACCACUGACCUACAUCACUCGCUGAGACAGGGUUUUGAAUUCUUUAACUCUAGAUGUUACUUUCCAUAUUAGUUUGAGGUUAUGAUCUUGUUUUUAAUGUAUCUAUGAUCUGUUACUGAACUUUUAGUUCCAUUUCUUCCACUUUUAUCCAGGAGCUAAGCAAGGUUAAACCAUUGCUGAUAUUUUUUUGUUGAUACUGCAAUUUGAUCAAUAAAGGAGUUCCUGUUUCU